AUGACAUCGCUUGAGUUGGAAGCAAGCUCCUCUCGGGCUGAGCGAUUUGAGGAGAGCCCGGGCUCCAAGGCCGACAUUGACCUCGUUGAGAGCGCUGGCGCCGGUCAAGCCGCCACCUAUGAGGAGUCAGUGGCUGCUCGUCUCCCCAAAGCACACCGUGACUAUCUGCUUGAGCGACAUGGCACAUUAGACUUGGAUCCCAUUCCAGGAAUGGGUCCUGCUGACCCUUACAACUGGCCAGAAUGGAAGAAAAUGGCGAAUCUUAUUCUUGUGGCUUUCCACGCCUGCAUGGGUACAUUUACCGCCGCCGCCAUCAUUCCCGCCUAUUCCGAUAUUGCCGCGGAGUUGGGUAUUGGUAUGACCACAGCAAGUUAUUUGACUUCGCUGCAAAUCGCCAUUCUGGGAGGUGCUCCUCUGUUCUGGAAGCCCCUCUCAAAUCGAUUUGGACGUCGCCCCAUUUUCCUUCUCUCUCUUAUCUGCAGUUUGGUGUGUAACAUUGGCUGUGCCAAGAGUACCACUUAUGCUUCGCUGGCUGCUUGCCGUGCCCUGGUGGCAUUUUUCAUCUCUCCGGCCUCCGCUAUUGGCAGUGCUGUGGUGAUGGAGACAACAUUUAAGAAAGAUCGUGCGCGCUACAUGGGCGUUUGGACCCUGAUGGUCACUCUGGGUGUCCCGAUCGGUCCCUUCAUCUUUGGUUUCGUCACUUACCGUGCGGGUAUUGAAUGGAUUUACUGGAUUCUGGCUAUGAUCAAUGGUGGACAGUUCAUUCUGUACCUUUUCUUUGGGCCUGAGACCCGGUACCUGGGUAGCGGAGUUGGCCCUGAUGAGGUUAACUGGAAGCGAGAGUACAUGUCAUUGCGUCGGAUUGAUCCUACACCGAUGACAUUGUGGGAAUUCUUCCGUCCUCUGACCAUGGUCCGCUACCCUUCCAUCGUCAUUCCUGCGUGUGCAUAUGCGAUGAUUUUCCUGUUUGGUAGUAUUCUGGCAACCGUAGAGGUGCCCCAGCUCUUGCAGAGCAAGUUUGAUCUGAACGCUGAGCAGCUGGGUCUCCAGUUCCUCGGUGUCAUCAUUGGAUCAGUGAUCGGCGAGCAGCUUGGUGGCUUCAUGUCUGACCGAUGGAUGCGCCGUCGUUCAAAUGGCCUCGGUCGCAAGGCUGAGCCGGAAUAUCGGUUAUGGCUUAGCUACUUUGGCUUUGGAUUGACCAUCAUCGGCGCCAUUGUUUUCCUGGUCUGCACCGAGACCUCUAAAACUGGCCACUGGAACGUGAGCCCCAUCAUUGGCACAGCUAUCGGUGCCGUUGGUAACCAGCUUGUCACCACUGUGAUGGUCACCUAUGCCGUAGACUGCUACCCACAGGAAGCUGCUAGCAUUGGAGUGUUCAUUACCUUCGUGCGGCAGACCUGGGGUUUCAUUGGCCCCUUCUGGUUCCCAUAUAUGUUCGAUAAUGUUGGAGUAGCACCAAGUGCUGGAAUCGCAGCGGCGAUGAUCGUUGUUGUUAGUGUAAUCCCGACGAUUUUCCUGCAUGCGCGUGGAAAGAGUAUGCGUCAUGAAGAGUAA